GCCAAUCGGGCCCCGCGCCAUCCCACCCCAUCCCGUCCAUUGCUCGGGGAGGUACUCGAUCCUAAAUCUGGAAAGCAAGCGAGAGCGUCAACGACGCCGAGACAGGAAGGGAAAGGAAGAGGGAGGGGAGGGGAUGGGGACGGGGAGGGGAGGGAUUGAAGGCAGGGGAGCCUUUAUGGAAACAUUAUCUCUUUUGUGCCGAUCGAUUCGACCGGAUCGAUUGAUCUCUUGAUUUCUCGCCCGCUUGCUCGCGGGCUAGGCAAAUCCUCCGCUCAGCUUUUCGCGCUGGUGCCUGCGUCGUCGUCGGAUGGUCGUUGGUCGGUGGCUCGCUUCCUUCCUUCCUUCUCUUUGUUGGUUCGGCUGGGCUGAAGAAAAGGGCAGGGCCGACGACGAGAGGAAGGUCCAUCUUCCGUCAUCUUCACUCCACUUCGUCGCGGUCGGUCAGACUCCGAAACAGGCCCCACCUCCACUCCCAGCCCUCAACUCUCUCUGCCCCUCUCUGCCCUUCUCCUCUCACCCGUCCCGUCCCGUGCCUCGCCCCGUCCCCCUCCAUCUGUGUUGCGCUGUGGUGCUGUCUUUUGCUUUCUUGAUUUCUCCUGAGCUUACUGGACUUCUGGGGGCUGUCGUUUUCUCCUCUCCCUGCUUUCAACUUCGUCCUGCCUGCCCUGCCUGCCGCUCGGGGUCCCCUCGAAGGAGAGAGAGAGAAGAGAGGGAGGGAGAGAAAGUUGUGGUACAAAGUGUGGAUAUUUGGCGAGACGCGAGAAGGAUAAGAUAGAUUUGGAAGAUUCUGGAGUCGCGACUUGUGCUAGAUGGCAUGCGUUUUGGAGUCCAACGUGGUGGCCAGAAGGUGGGUGAUGCAAUUGCGCUCCCUCUCAACUGUCGAGUAGGUUAGGAAGCGAGUGAACGAGGCAGAGAUAGUUCGGGGAAAGGAAAGGAGACGAAAGGAAAGGAAGCCGAGGGACGUGCCAGGAGAAGGGGAUUUUGAGUCGAGAGCUCGUAUUCGGGUUGGCCACGUUUUUACGAGACUGAGUGUUGAGAUCCUAAGAUGUGUUGAGGAUGGUAUGAUAGUAAGUGUUCGUUGAAGAUUUUUCAUAAUGUCUCUUCAAGCAGUGGCACUCGCGACCCCAAACAAAGCAUGCAGGUUUACGACCUUGGUGACAGCAUCUUCUUGCGGUGGUGAGGUAGUUAGGAAAGCAUCCUUCGUGCAACAAUUCAGCCUACCUAGGAGAGUGAAAUCGACUCGUCAUCUCGAGCUUAAGCUGCGUCAUAUUUCCAGCUCUUCAUGCUUCUAUACCUCAUUAGGCACGUUCCGAUCAGUCAACCGGCCAGCUAGGUUGCAAGCUACGUCCUUGCAAGCCGUCACAGCAGACAGUGACUCAAGCAGUGGUGAUGUCGUCGGACCUUCAGCCCAAGCUAUGAGCUUGUCUUCGGUUGAAUUGAACCACUUCCUGGUAGCCUUUUUAAGUAGGCUGCAGGAAGGCUUUAGGAAAAUGAAAGAAAGGGGCUUACUUCAGAGCACCAAACAGGGUUUUGAGGAAGCCUUUGUAAAGUUAAAAUCUGGAGACGGGAAGCUUGUAUUGGAAGAAGAUUUGGGCUCUAAAAUCUCCUCUCAAGGAGCAGCGACGUGGCAGGCGCUAAAACCAUGGGUCAAGUGGCCCUUGGCUAUCUUUGUUUCCGUCUUCAUGGUGGUUACAGCCGUCUUCGGGACUUCGGUUUCACGCGAUCUAGUUCCUCUGUGGAUUCUUGGUCCUUUGGUUACAGGUACAAUUAUCAGAACUGUAUAUUGGGUUGCCGACGCUACCCGUGAAGCUGUGGUUCGCAGUGAGCCAUCGCGACAAGCAUUUGUCCAAGGCGUCGCCCAGGUGGUUGAAGAUGCCAAGAACGGGGAGUUAGUUGACAAGAUAAAGAUUUCGAUGGAGGAAAAAAACAGGGAAUUAAGAGAGCUAGCAGCAACCAAAAGGUCGGAGUUUGUUGUGUACGUCCAGAGUGGCCAAGCAGCCAGUGACUUCAAAAUGUACAUGCAGCUAAGAUACUCAGAUUUUUCUGAUUGGAGCAACGAGAGAUAUGAGGAUUUUGUGGACUGGUGGAGACCCUUCUUGAGGGCAUUUAUCAGGUUAAUGAAAAAAUUGUUCUAGACUUUUAGAUCAGAGUUUGUUGGCCUUCAGCCAAACGCAACCAUCGAGCGGAAGGGUAUUCAGGGAGGAAAGUAGCCCCUCGUGUAUUCUUGAGCAAUGUGUGAAGAGGGUUUUUUAAGUAGAAGUAGGUGCUAAAGUCAGAUCUACAUUGCCGGUUGACACCUUGACACGAAGGUACACGAAGCAGUCAGUAGGCUGCCGAGAGAAGAAAUGAAUGAUGACCUGUCAAAAUGCCUUGCCGCUACGAAAGAUGUGGCAUGUUGGAAGAAUUAGAAAUUAGAGCCAUUCAUAUACAGCUGAGACAUUGAAGCAGGACCAAGAGGUUAGUAGUUAGACAGUAAUUAUUUUCUGUUGUCUUUGAUAUUUCGGGCUGGUGAGAUGUGCCAUUGGAGGACGGGAUGGUGUGAAGGUUAUCAUCCCCUUUGUAGACUCGAAGUCAGUUCUUCUGUACACCUUCCGAGCAAAGCAGACGCCUGGCAACAUGAAACGGGAAGUUCACGUACGCCAGUCAUCAAACUGCCAUCUCACAGGCAUCGCGCUUGGAGCAGAAAGAAAAGCUUCCACUGGUUGUGAAAGUGCUCCAGCCCUUGAGACGAUAGCCAAAUAAGAAAUAUGAUAUUCGUAAUGCUGAGAAUGAAGGAUUGUUAGGAUAGACCAUGGGGUGUCGAACAAUUUUGUAUCUUUUAAGUGAUAUUUUCAGAGAACGGUCAAAGAGAAGCCGAAAGGAUGGGGCUUUGUGAGCCUCUUAUGUCGUGUGUACUCUGGGGGAGGCUACCUUACCUCAUUACAUUAUUUGGUU